AUGCAUUAUUCUACUCUAUUGCUUCUGGCGCUUUAUCACCCUCUCGUCAGCUCUGCAGCAGCGAUAUCCAAGCGCUCCAUUGCUCAAGGCUGGUCUCUUCAGGCUAGCACAUGCCCUAGCGGAUCCCAGUCCUGUGGCGCUGGAGCCUGCUGCCCAAGCAGCCUUCACUGCUUCAGUGCGAAGACCGCCGAAGUCGCUUCGUGCUGCACUUCAAGUUCGGUCUGUGUUGGUGCCGUUGAGAGCUCUCCCAAAUGCGCCGACUCAAGCUGGUCACUUUGGCAAGGACUAGCGGGUAAUGACUUCUGUUGUCAAGUUGGACUUAUUGGUAUUUAUCAGUCUACUGGCACUGUUGCUGGGUCUUGCGUUGCCUCAGGUCAAGCAGGCUCUGCUACUACUGCGAGACUUGUAUCUGCCGGAACUGGAACUGCCGCUACUACCACUACCACAAGCACUACCAUUGGAGGCCCUACUGCCACCGCUACCAUGACAUCUACUAAGUCUACUACAGCUACUGCGACACAGCCAAGUAGCACCAAGGCCGUGUUUGCGCACUACAUGGUCGGCUCCAUGACUUCAGAAGAAGCCGUCAUUGAUGUGAGAGAUGCUAUGAACGCAGGGUUCGACGGUUUCGCCCUCAACACCCAUACAAUCAGCGCAUCGGAUACUUGGAAUAUCAAUGCGCUAAACUAUUUAUUUGCGGCUGCAUCUGGAACCAGCUUCAAGUUAUUUAUCUCAUUUGACAUGAGUUGGGGCUUGGAUGUUACGAAGCUUGCGGACUUUUUGGCACCAUAUGCCAAUCAAGACGCAUACUACAAGGUCAAUGGCCAAGCUUUCGUUAGCACCUUUACUGGUGGCACUAUCUCCAACGCGCAAUGGGAUUCUGGGUUCAUUCAGCCUCUAACCUCGACACAUGGGAUCAAGCCGUUCUUUGUUCCCGACUUUGAUGACUUCUCUGGCUAUCCCAAUGGAGUUUUCAGCGCUUAUCCAAUUCUCAAUGGUGUCUUUAGCUGGGAGUCUGCGUGGCCAUCGCCAGGUACUGCUCCCACCAACGUCACCAGUCAGGUUGAUUCUGCUGCUUUGCAGCAAGCUCAUGCAGCUGGAAAGGCCUACAUGAUGGCGAUGUCCCCGUUACAAUUCAAGUAUAUGGGCAGCGGCCAGAACUGGUACCGCAUCGGCGAAGUUAACCUGCCAGAGCGCAUGGCCCAAGCCUUACAGCUUCAGCCCGACUUUGUGGAAAUUAUUACCUGGAAUGACGCUGGGGAGAGUCACUAUGUCGGUGACUUUUGGCAAGAACAGAUUGCAGGCAGCAAUAUUGGCGACUAUGCCAACGGGUACGACCACAAGGGUUGGCUGCAGGUCAUUGCGCCAUUUAUUAAAGCAUACAAGGCUGGUGCGACGAGUCUAUCUCAGAUUGUUCCACCAAGCUCUAAGCCUGUUGGUGCGUUUUGGUACCGCACUCUCUUGACUACUGCUAGCUGCUCUUCUUCGAUUGCUAAUUACCAAUCCGCUCGUGAUGCGAUCAACUUUGCUGUUAUCUUGCCUUCUACUGGUUAUACCAUCGAGGUUUAUAGCAACAGCAAACUGAUUGGAAGUUAUGUUGGUCAGAAGGGUCUGAAUUAUAAUAGUGUCUCGGGACUAGCUGUUGGGAGUGGGCAGAUGAUUCAGAUUGUUGAUGGUUCCAAUAACAUUGUUUCAUCGGCGACUGGGACCAAGAGUGUUUUGGCACAGAGCCCCAAUGCUACCUGCAACUGGAACUAUGAAGUUUUAUAA